UUUGGGGAAUCGCGAGAUCCUUCACCUGACCCGCCCGACGGCAUCUGCUCUCGAAGAUACCACAAUGCGCUUCGUGGCUCUGCUGUUCGCUCUGGCUGCGAGCCUGGGAGCCGUGGCAGGCGAGGACCUGGGAAACAUCGUUUUCGCCAGCGUGCUCUACCGCCACGGGGACCGUGCUCCAACCAGCUCAUACCCGAAUGACCCAUACAACGACGUUGCGCGCUACUGGCCCAGAGGAUACGGUCAGCUGUCAGAGAUCGGUGAGGAGCAGCACUACAGGCUGGGCUCGUACCUCAGACAGAGAUACUCUGACCUGCUGCCUCUGACGUACAACACCAAUGACACCUACAUCAGGAGCACGGAUGUGGACCGUACUCUUGUGAGCGCCCGCUGUAACCUGGCGGGACUGUACCCGCCGACAGAGAGGACCUUGAGCCAGCCGAGCAUCAAGUUCCAGGCCAUCCCCAUCCACACCGAGACUCAGAGCAAUGACGACCUUCUGCUGCCGAUGUACUCCUGUGCCAAGUACACGACCAUCCUCUCAUACUUGGAAGAAUCCUACGAAUACCAGUGCGUCAUGAACGAGACAGCUCAGGUUCAAGAGGAAGUUGCAGCCUUUGCUGGGUAUUCCUCCUUCAGUUCUGGAAUCUACGACAUACUUUUCAUAGAGGAGUUGUACAACUUGACUCUGCCUGACUGGGUGUGGCCCUACUACCCAAACCCUUUGAAGAACCUGUACUUGCUGGAAAUCUUCAUCGCCGAAGCAGGAACCACCGAUCUUCAGAGGUUGUCUGCAGGUCCGAUGCUUAAGGAGAUCAUCGAGAACAUGCAGGCAAAGGUGAAUGCCACGCUCAGUCCAGACCGCAGCCUCUACGUCUACUCGGCCCACGACUCAAACGUUGUCAACACUCUGCAAGCCUUGAAAGUCUUCAAUGGCAUCCUGGUCCCUUACGCAAGUUCAGUGCUCAUAGAACUCAGGGAGUUGAACAGCAGUUACUACGUGACGGUGUCUUUCAAGAACAGCACGGAGACGGAGCCGUACCUCCUGCAGCUGCCGGGAUGCGACUCCCUGUGCCCUCUGGACCAGUUCGUGGAGCUGACCAAGGAGGUCAUCCCCGACGACCUGGACACCGAGUGCGCCGAGGAAGUGACGGCAGGGACGGAGUACCUCUUCCAGGUCCCCGCCGCCGCCAUCCUGCCGGAGUGGGAGCACUGCUUCCAGAAGCCCAAGUCCGACGACGGCCUGUUCCACUUCCUGUCUGUCAAAACUUCCAGCAAGUAGACGACGACCAGCCAAUCACAAAACUAAUAUUGUUGAGAAUGUCUGCUCUCUGAAUAAAGCAUUGUGAAAGUUAAAA